UGACGUCGACAACGACGAGGAGGAAGAGGAAGCGGACGACGGCAACGCCGCCACGAACCAUCACUUAGACGCGCCACCUCUCCAUCGCUCUUGGCGUCGUAUUGAGUGUGCAGAAGAAUAGCUCAGCCGAGGUCACGAGGUGAGCGAUGGAGGGUGGGGUGUUGCAGGCGGGGACGAAGCUGAUCAAGAUCAGUGGCGGCUGGGCGACCGCCCUGCUCUCUUCCCGCUGUCGGGACAGUAGCAAAUUGAAUGGAGGCAAUGGAUGUCGUUUUGCCGCUCCCAAGCCGCCGUCGAGAGAGGGAGUUAAGAAGAAGAAGAUUGCCGUCGUGUCUUCGUCCCCAAGACGGAGAGUAAAAAGGAUGGCCAGCGCAACGGAUGCUAUAGAAUCGAGGUCGACCACGGCUAUGGCGGGAGCAGCUGCUGCUGCCGUCGAUUGGAGACGAUCAGGCGGCGGAGAUUUCUUCGCGGGAUGUAGAAGACAAUGCAGGUGCCGUGACCUUUCUCGUCCACAUUCGGGAGCGGCAGCGGUGGCAUCGAGAAGCGAAGCGGGCUCGACCCAUGGAAGAAGAGGAGGCGGCGGCGGCGGCGGAGGAGGAGGAAGUGUGGGUGGGAGAGGUAGAAGAGGAGUCGCGAUGGCUAUGCUGCAAGGUUUCGUCGUCAUGCAGUGGAAGACAAUGAAGGUUGGCAGAGUGGCCGGGCUGGGUACGAGUGUGAGCCCGAGGCUGAGGGAAGUGGAAAGGGUCGGAGCAGGUUCGGGACUGCUUUUGCAGGCAGGCUUUUUUAAUGCUUCUGCUUGGCAGUCGAGAGGCAGGUCUGGUUUCAAAUGUCAAGUGGCUGCUGAGAACCGGGAUGCAGCGGAGGUGGAGGCAGUAGGAUAUGAAUCGACACGUGACGACGGAGGAGAAGAGCUGUCAGACUUUGACGUACUGGAGAGCGGAUGGGCACCAUGGGAAGAGAGUUUGGAGCCGGAAGGAGAGUAUGCUCUCAGAAGCCUUAACGGUGAGGAAAUGAGUCCGGAGGAAGUGGAAGCCAUCUUGAAGAGACGGCAAGUGGAAUUUCAGGAGCGGCAGGAAGAAAACGACUGGGAGAAUAGAGCGCUGUGGGGUAAACCGCUUGUAUUUUACCGCAGACCGCCACGCGAUUGGCCACCGGAGGGGUGGUAUGUCGAUCCGGAGAAGCUGGCAUUUAUGCAUGGAGGGACACUCCCUUCCGAGAUUGUGAUCGACAUGAAAGACAGGGAUGAGGAGGCACUGAAAGAGAAAUGGUCGCGGUACUUUGAAACUGAAGACGACAUAGUCGAGCAAGGCGAGUGGAGCAGAUGGAAUACGUUUAUGGAAGAUUACCAGAAAUGGGCAGAUGCCAACCGGGAGCGACUUGAUCGGGAGGCGUUGCAGCUAGAUCCCAAGUACUAUCAUGGACGGAGACGUACCGGAGAACUCUACUGGCCAGGCAUGUUUGAGCUUCCAUUUGUCGACGUAGGACAGCACUGGUGGGGAGUUGUGACGGCCAUUCAUCUGUAUGAGGGUGCUUUCGUUAAUUUUGGCUGCACACAUGAUGCCUGGAUUCCUAUUCGGGAUAACGAUUGGUAUGAGGUGCGGAAGCACGUGUAUGUUGGCAUGCACUGCCAUGUUGAGGUUUUGGUUGCUAUUUAUGGAGCGCAGGAGAGGACCACUUUUCAGAAGUUUCUGCACGUUCUAAUAUUUCGAAAAUUUGAGUAUCCGCCCAUAAUGACCAGGGAAGAUGAAGCGACACUCGAGGAGAUCGCUAGGGAAUCUAAUCGUCCAUUCUGGCCCAAGCCUAGGAUGAGAAACGUCCCAGAGGAGGUUGAAUAUCGGCAACAUCCAGAUGUCGUAAGGACAUUCAAGGUAUGGAGGAUGGCACACAUGGCAUGCGAGAUUGAGGAAGAGGAGGCAGAGAAGGAGCAGCUGAGGCAGGCAGGCAUCCUGACAACGGAGGAUGACAAUGAUGACGAUGACGAGGAUGACGACGAACAAUUCGGUGCCAUGGGAAUUGAUUUCCGACAGGCCACAUCUGCUGAAGAUGAAGACGACGAUGACGAUGAUGCCGAAGAUGGCGGCGUGGACUGGGAUUUCAAUGAUCCGGAUUACGAGGAACUUUUUCCAAUGGACCCUCGAGAGGAACAAGAACUAGAUAUCGAGUCGGCACGCCAGGAGCGCGCGGAAUUCGACGCAGCAAUGGAAGAGGCUGAUGCAAAGGGGAUAGAGUUUGUCCCACCGAGACCGUACUAUGAGGCCCGUAUUGCAGAGCUCGAGCGGAUGCAGUGGCAGCGUCACAUGGAACAUGAGCGCACAACAAUUCGUGACAACAUGAGGCGAGUAGAAGAAGGUCUUCCCAUUGAAGAGCCAACGAGAUACGUCGACCGAAGCUGGUUUGGCGAAAACAAUUUUGAUCCCGAUGACAAGCGGUUCAGUCAUAGUUACUUUGGUGAUCCAGAGCAAAUUGAGAGAGAAGAAAUGGAGGGGGGACCUCGAAAGGAGCCCCCCCCGGAGAAGCCAGUGGCGGGCGGAGGUGACGGUGAAGAUGCUUCGGCGUCCGCUGAGGCUGGGGAGGAAGAUGAGGAUAAGGCAGAGGUGGCCACUGGGUCCGAACAAGAGGAUGAAGACACUGCUGAUGACCAAGACGAGGCAGGUGAUGAAGACAGUGGCAACAUGUGGGUGGGCUCGUCGAGUCAGGGCAAUGGCCAAGAUAGAGAUGCAGUUAAUGGCCUGUCGCGGGGAAAGCUCAGUUUCCGGGACAUGUUUGGCAGCGGCGAUUCAACUGGCAGUGAGGGAGCCUUGCGAGGUGUACUGCCACAGCUAGAUGAAGACGACGACGACUCCAGAGGUCCCACCGGUGGUCUGUCAAGCCAGGUAUCAGCUUUUGAAAGCGACAAGGAGGAGACGGCGGAUGACAAUGACGGUGAGGAGAAUGCAGACGACGGAGAGGAGGAAGAGGAGAAAUAGUGUGAAUUCUACGAUAGCUUCGACUUCCCUGCGAGCAUAUGUUACGGCGCUACGCGCGUUUGUGACGGCGGAGGAGGAUGACGGUGAGAAAACUGCAGACGACGGAGAGAGGAGGAAGAGGAGAAAUAGGGUGAAUUCUACGAUAGCUUCAACUUCCCUGCGAGCUUAUGCCGUGGUGCUACGCGCUCUUGUGAGCCGCGCAGCCCCGGGACGUCGCCACCAAGCCGGCUUGCUUCCCCUCCGAGCGAGUCAUCACUGCACACUCUUGUCGAAUCGUAAAGAACCGUGAAUCCAGAUUCUGCCUCUGGUGAGAUGUGCAAGUUUGUUUGAGGGAGCGUGGUUCUGUCUCCUGUUGUCGACGUCAACGGUCAUCUCAUUCCAUUCUAUCUCCGACUCGCCCUCACCGAACGGAUCCGUUCUGCCCAGGUGGACGUUUUCUCAGAGAGUCUCCGGGCAGGUUGUUGCGUUGGCUAAUAAUGUUUCCAUGCUUUCCAUGCUUUCCUUGUCUUCCUCGUUUUCGGCUAUUCCUCGGAGAGUCGGAGUGGGUAACUAUCUACUAUCCACAGACUACGGACGAAAUCAAACUCCAAGCAUCCACCUGUUCUUUUGUCUUCCUUGUUUUCCGCUAUUCAGUGAUGAUGUUUGAAGUUAGGUAUCGUCUGUAGGGAAAAGGCCAAAAACAAGGAUCGGCAGAAGUUCCUUUUUUAAGAAAAAAAAACAAAGAAAAGAAAAGAAA